UUUCCUGAGCAACGCAGAUGCAAAUUUCAAUAUAAAUCGAGCAAAAGCAUCUGCCCCGCUCUGUUGGAUCGAGAAGUGAGCGGUCGACACCGUCGCAAAUUUUAUGUUGCGUUUAGUUUUACUGUGGCGGCUGAUGUGUUAAAGAAUUCAUUCUAAACUAAACGGAUAUCUCUAAACAAUGUGGCAGUUGUAAAUAACGGUUUCAGUUUCAAACAUGACUGACUCUGAGCGAGAAAGGCUCACCGAGAGCGAAGAAAGACAUGAUGUGGGGGAGUUAUUCAACGCCGAAGACGACGAUUCCAGCAGUAAAAAGAACCAGGUCGAAAAACACAAGCCAUCUCUGAUAGACCGUCUUCACUUGGACGUCGACAAGUCGAUGGUGGUUUACAAGGCGUUUUAUUUCUUUUAUUUCGCGGCGCUUGGAUCUUUACAGCCAUAUAUACCUUUGUACUUUAAACACUCACUUCAAAUGCCUGCUCAUCUCGUAGGCAUUGUUAUAGGAAUUCGUCCUUUCUGCCUAUUUGUAAGUGCACCCAUAUUGGGUACCAUUGCUGACAAGUACAGAAAAGUCCGCGCAGUGUUAGUAGUGGCUUUAUUCUCCUAUAUAACGUACUGUCUAAUCCUCACGGUCGUGCCUCCUGUUAAUAUGUCAUGUCUCAGUGAGGUCAACAAGAAAUUGAACAGCACAGUUCACAGUAACAAUACCAAACAAGAAAACGUCUUAAAACAUGCCAUUCAUAACCAUAAAUUGACAGAACAACAACAUAAGCACAUCGAAAUUAAAGAAAGAGGGAACAUGGACUUGUUUAAGCAAAACUGGGUGUUUGACGUUUACAGAAAAUUGGAUCCCAAAACCUACGAAAAGGCAAAAGUGGUGUUCGUGGUCGUUUUGACCAUCACAAUAGCAGGAGAGCUUCUGGGAGCCACCUCGAAUACUCUAGCGGACGUCGCUACGUUACAAAACCUCGGCAAUCACCCAACGGACUACGGGGAACAGCGACUGUGGGGGGAAAUAGGAUGGGGUAUAGCAGCAUUUAUCACUGGCAACAUUGUAACGCAUCAAUAUGGAAAACUCACUGACAUUUGCCCCAACCGCGUUUUUGACAUCUAUCGGCCGUUUUUCUACGUGUACGCUGCCCUGAUGACCGUCGCCCUAUUCAUUGCCACAAGAUUCAAAUUCAACAACACUGACCAACAUAUCGGUGAACGAUGCGCGCUGUUCAAGAGUUGCCAGGUAUUCUCUAACGUGGAGUACAUUCUCUUUGCUGUACUCGCUCUAUUCCUUGGAAUCGCAUAUGGUACAGCGCAAGCCUUCCUCAACACGCACUUGAUAGAGCUUGGAGCUACCACAGCACUGCUAAGCGCUCUGGCCGGCGUGCAUUGUCUCUCCAACUUAACAAUGUACUAUGCUUCCGUGUACCUCAUCAAGAAGUUUGGCCAUGUAAGGAAUAUAGUACUUGGCUUGGCAGUCUAUGCAAUUAGGUUCUUCUAUUUUUCUAUAAUUCCCAACGCGUGGCUCGUGCUACCAAUGGAACUUUUAAGCGGACUUUGCCAGGCCUUGGUGUGGUGCAGCCUGGCAUCAUACGUCGGUACCCCACCAAGAAUUGGAGCAACGUUACAAGGUAUACUACAUGCUAUAUACAAUGGAUUGGGUCGAGGCUUAGGAGAAAUCAUCGGAGGACUCUUGAUGCGUAAGUCGGAUAUACACUUUUUCCGACAUUUUUCGUUAGUGAUUCUGUUCGUAUUUUUGUUGGCCCUGUUCGUUGCGCCCAUCAUCAACGCAAGCAAGUCAAUUUGGAUGAGCUUGUCUGGUUAUUCUGCUGUAAAUGAAAAGGACAGCGAAGAACUCACUUACCAACAAAAAGUUAUGAACUUUUGGAAAAUGAAGAACGAUUAAUUGAACAUAAAUUAUUAAGAAAUAGCCAGAAACGUUUAUUAAAACUUUCCUCAUACAUCUGAAUUUAUGAAAAACUCAAAUAAUGCCAUUUCGAACAAAACAAGAUGACAGUUAUUUUAUUUUUCUUGCCUCGUUAUUUGCUUUAUUCAUCGAAAACUGGAAAAGACAAAAAUCUUAUUAAAUUAAAAGUCAGUAAAUAGUAGAAAUCGCCAAGCAAAGUAACGAAUAUAUGAUGUUCUAAACGGUAGAAUUAUUUUCUCGAUUAAGAGAGUAUUUUCGGAUUUUAACAUAUGGUUGCCCAAAGCCGCUAAUAUGAGACAAAGCGGAAAAAUAGUAGACCGCUAAUAUGUCAUAAUAUGAUAUGAAUUUCAAUGAUGUCAAGGGUAUUUUUGUGAAUAUUGGACAUGGGGUGUAAUAUUGUUGUCAAAAUAAAUCACUCUAAAAUCGU